AUGCUCCUACUGGAUGGAUCAGCCAUCAAAAUAUGCGUGGAUGAGCUGAUCAGUGAGUUGAAUCUGAUCAUCAGAAUACGAGAUGAAUCCCAUUCUACCAGAAUAUGCACUGUUGGAGAGAAGAGACUCCUUGAAAUUGGGCUGAAUGACCUGGAUGAGCCAAUUGAAAUCAAAAUUGAUGGAUGGGCUGGCCACCGCUUCAAGAUUGGGCUGAUGGACGUGGUGGCUGAAAACAGGAUGGAUCUGGGCUUAUUUAGGCAGAAAUAUUCUGAAAUGGAUGAAUACGCGAUAAUAGGCAGAAUGGAUCUGGAUGACUCAUUCUACGUGGACGAGGAUGAGUUCAGCAUCAGAAUCCUGGGAGAUGAGCUGCUUGGACGCGUGUUUGGCAACAAAAUGAUCAUCAAAGGCAGAAAGAGGGUGGUAGAGGCAGUUCGAUCGAGAGUGGCCUAG